UUGCUGCUCGUUUAACGUUGCGUUAGCUUUACUGAAAUUUUGCAAUGAAUUGCUUGUGGUUGAUUGUUACUUAUUUAAGUUGCCUGUUAUUGACUAUCCACGCUCAACAAUUAAACGUCAACGAUAUUCAACACUUGGCCAAAUCACAAAAAUUGCUACACUUAUAUAAAGGAGAACAUAUACCUAAUCAGUUCUAUAAAGCCAUUGAGAAAUCCGAUAGCAGUAAACUAAAUUUGCAAUCUAAACUACGAAAUUUUAUGGAAAAUCUGCAAAAAAAUUUGACCAUGUCAGCAGUAUUAACGGCAUUCGAAAAUACUUCCCACAAUGCAGAUGACUAUAUUAUUCGAAUGCAAGAAUUGUCGACUUUUUUUUUUAAGGUGUCGUACGCAAUUGAACAGUUUGCUAUCGACGGUGAAGCCUUUUACGAAACAUCGAAAAAUUCAAGCCAUGCCUUGUUGUUAAAGCUACGGCAAGUACCAACAGCUCAACCAACACUGGUUAAAGUCUUACUUACAAACUAUUUUGCGGAAAUGGAAUUCUUUCACGUACUAUUUUCGGAAAUACUCAAUGAAGCUCUGGAAUAUUCUUCGGAAACCUUAAAAGACAUUCAAAAUAUAUUUUAUUACUAUGCAGACACUCAAAGUACAAUUUUACAAAAUUUAAAUUUAAAAAUCGAUUUGGAAUGCUGCAAACUAUAUUUGGACUUUUUACAGCAUCACUCGGCUCAAAUUUUUAGAUGUGCUACUGGGGAUAAACUUAACAUUGUUUACGAUGUAUAUGCCGUAACAAAGCUUAACGUUAAAUAUAUAAUGAGACAGCUUGAGUUUCGCAUUCAACGUCUUUUAAAUUGUUUAAUUUUUAAAAGUUUUAUAAUACAAUGUAAUUUUCUUACCAGCGCGGAGAAAGAUCUGGAAAAUUUAUUUAACAAACUGUUCGAAUUAGAAAUGUAUUUGGAUGGUAAAACUAAGAAAGGUAGUAUUUUGGCUUCAAGACUUUUGAGGAGAAAUAUAUGGUAUGAUUCUAGUAUACAGUCGCAAUCGUCUCUUAAAGAUUGUCUUCCAAGAGACUUUCCACGUGGUCAAAUGUCAACUGAAUUAACAAAGUGUUUGUUUUUAUAACAUUGAAAAUUUUUUAAGAUACAUGCGGAAGCAUUUGUAACUAUAAAUAUAUAAAUGUAUGCACUUAAAAAAGCUUUUUAAAAUUGUUAAAUUUUGAGGUCGUAACAUGAGGUGGUAACAUUUUUGUCACAAAAAAAAACUAAAUAAAAAAAAGAAAAAAUUCGCUUCGGUGCGUGUA